AUGGCUCUUGUCCAAUUUGCCAGCUUUCGACACCCUAUCUAAAGCUACCUAUGUUCGUCUUUUCAAUGUUGUUAAAUUUUAAUACCAGCCCGAGAAUCGCUGCAAAUACUGGGAAGGAAAAAGAAAGAGAAGUGACGAAAGAGUGGCUAUCACCAAACGGAGAUUAUUUGCAGGUCCAAUGUUCUCUAGGGAAACAAAUCGUAGGCUUUGGUUGCCACGACUUGAUUGAGUAUCGGCGCAUCAGAUAUUCAUCGGACUAUGGUUUUUAUUUUGAAGAUGAAAAUAUUGUGAAAUUGGUCAAAGUAAAAAAAGAAUAUGUACUACAGAACGUACUGUUGCAGCUCUUGGAAAGGUUAAAUAGAUUUUCUAAAAGACUAGUUCAGUACUUCAUUCAAAUUGAUCUUGUGGAGUUUUUACCAAAGCCUGGACAAACUUUGCUUUUCUUGCUUGUAAAGAUGAGUAUACAAAUUAAAGUCAACGAACCGAGAAACGUUCUGGAAAGAGAAUUAAUGUCAGCAAUAUUUAAACCAGAGGCAAUUGUAAUAUUGUCAGAUGAAAAUAAUCUUAAGCUAAAGCCCUUUUUUAUUUUAUUACCUUUACAAUUUGAAGGUAAAAUUGAUCAACUAAAUUCUUCUCAUUGCAAUGAUACAACACUUCGUAUCAACUCUAAUAAAACGGAAGAUGAUACCUUAGAAAACCCAUAUUAUACAUACUAUAAAGCAGCUCGACUAAACCAACUAUUGAUUUGUAGACACGUACGUCUAGACCAAUCUUACUUCCAUUUGAUCAUUGAUGACCAGGCUUUACCUUCCAAUGUGACUGUCGUUAUCUGCUUCAAUACCACAAAAAUACAGAUCACAGAUAAUGAAGAUUUAAUUAUGUUGGAUGUUGACGCAUAUGGAAAUCUUCUUGUGUGUGUUGAUUUGAUAGAUAGGAAAUUGAAAGAAUUGAAAGAAAGUGAUCCAGACUCUGAGAAAUUAAUUGAUAGGAAAUUGAAAGAAAGAGAUCCAGAAACUGAGAAACCAAGUGAUAAUCUGUGCGAGGAGACUCAGUGCUUGAUCGAAAACAUCUUAACGUGGAUAUGUUUCAUCAUUUCCAUUGUAUGUCUUCUACUGACCUUGUUGACAUACUGCAUGUUUCCUGUCUUGAGAACAAAGGCUGGUGUAAAUAACAUGUUUCUAAGCCUAAGUCUUCUCUUGGCACAAGUCUCUCUGAUGAUCAGUGCCUACACAUCUGCUCCCAGCAUUCCGUGUAAAAUUAUUGGCGUUAUGACGCAUUUCCUGUGGCUGUGGAACUUCUCAUGGAACUUCAUCUGCAGCUACCACAUGUUUCGAGUUUUUACAAACAGCAGAAGAGUGAACAAUCAACAAAAUAUGACUCGUGGUCCCUGGAAACGGUUGAGCGGGUCAUUUGUGUUACCUGUCACUGACGUCAGUGCAGUUAUAACAUACAGUCACUUCACAACAAUGGAAAGAGAAUUCGGCUAUGGGAAUGUUCGCUGUUAUUUAGACUCCCCAUUCCUUAUUGGAAUCGCUGUAGCUGCUCCGCUGUUCGUUAUAACCUUGAUCAACGUCAUCUUCUUUCUUGUAACGGUUUACAAAAUUUACUCUGUCCAAAGCCUUCAGUCGGCUUCCUUUUCCAAGUCAGCACCAGACUUCAAUAAGACCAUCUAUGUCAAGUUAUCUACGGUGACAGGCAUGUUUUGGAUUGUAGCAGUCCUGGCAGAGUUAUCGGAUAACGCCAUUUUUGGGUUCAUUGCAUUAGUUCUAAAUGGACUUCAAGGAGUGGCCAUAUUUUAUGCUUUCGUGUGCAACAAGAGAGUGGUGGCACUGUACUCUACUUCCUGGCGACAACCUGAAGCUUAAACGUGUAUCAGCUUAUUCCUAGCCUUGGUUAGUGAAUGGAGUCAAUGUUUAUUUCCAUUCGAUUCUUGGUAAACACAAAUAAAGCAUAACAAUAAAAAUCA